AUGGUGGUCCUCGUUGACCUGGACGACCCCGACGAUGCGCAGGCGCACCUGGUGCACCGCUUCCCGCCUACGCCAGCAACCAGCACAAAGGACGACGACAGCCGGCCGAAUCCUAACAUCAAUGGAUUUUCAGCUGCCCUGAGCUGUUAUCCCAUUGUAAGCCAGCUCGCCCGCCAGCUCGACCUCAACACGCUGCACAGCUUGUCGCGCACCUGCCGCCAGUUCCGCGCGAACCUGCUCGAGUACCGCGACCAGCUCAUCCGUCACACGCUGCACUGCGUGUAUGAGGACGAUGGGCCCGGUCCACGCUUGGGCUCGAGGCUGCUGGAGGCGCGGGCCAACUUCUAUACGUCGCGCCAGCUGACGAGCGGACGCGUGGGCAAGUGCGCGCGGGAUAUGGUCGCCGAGUGCCAGCGUUGCAGCACUGUAGUUUGCAGGAACUGCACCGUGAAGCCGCCGCCUACGCCCACCUUGCGAGCGCGGCACCGGCGCCUGUGUAGGACAUGCACGAAAGCACCCCUUAGCCUCCUGACGACGACCAAACGCCCGCGCUCGUCUUCUGGGACGCCCUCGCCUCCGGGUACUCCCGACUUCCGAGCUUCGCUUUUCGACGACGACGACGCGCCCCGCGCUUUUACCUCCCCCGCCUUCGAACGAACGCCGUGCAUAUGUGAUGACACGGUCUGGCUGUGCCAGCCGUGCGGCCAACACUUGAAGAAUGCAGACACCAUGUACGUCCGCGCCUGGACCUGGCGAACGCGAUAUAGCCACUACCUCGGCGGCGUAGGCACCGGCGCCGGCGAAGGCAACGAGGGCGUUGAAUGCGGCCGCGGGCCCAGCUGCCUCGCUGCACGGGCCGUUGAGCACGAGGUCGACUACAAUGCCGAUAUCGCCGAAGCGUACGGUAGUCUGGAGAGCAACUCUUCACAUUCGCCAGAGCGGUGGACGGGCACGAGCUAUCACACGCAAGAGAUCGAGGGGAUCGGUGGCGUUGUCAAGAUGAAGCUCAAGAAGCAGGUCUAUGUCGGCGAGUGUGUCAAGAUCUACGAGGACGAGAGGGACAAGUCUAUACGCUGGCUAGAACGAGAGGUCUCGGGCAAGCUAAGAAGCUGGUGCUCUUGGUGCGAGAGGGUUGUCCCGGGGGAGAAGGACAAGGCCGAGGCGCAGGGGGUGAGGCCGCCAUCCAGUGGAUCGAGCUCCCCUGCUUCAUCGCGGUAA